AUGGCCCUCCCGAUGCGCGGGCCGGUCGAAGUGCCGUACCGAUCACGACAGAACGGUGCUCCGACCGAGUUGAGUGCUCGAAUCAAUCAGAUCUUCGUCCAGAAGGGACCUUUCCGGAAUGUGACGCUGGAGAGGCUGGCCAACGACCCCGAAGAUGACGCGUCCGACGAGGAGAAUGGAGAUGACGACCAGAUUGGAGGAAGUAUCGAGGACCAGACAGCGGAAGGAAUCGCAAAGCAGAGAUUCGAACUCUACAAUGCCAUCACACAGCUCACAAUCGAUGUCAACUCAGCACUCGACAUGGUGUCCAUGGUGUUGUCGCAGAAGAGCUUCACCGCAACAGGCACUUUCUCGGCAGGCUUGAAAGGUGCUCUUGCACCAGGAAUGCUGGACAGCCUUGUCCUUCCAGAGGGUCAUCCGGAGCCAAACGUGAAGCCAUUGAGCGAGAUAUCGACUGGCUGGAAGACAUCUGCUUUCGAGUCUGCGUCAAAACACCUCUUGGCAGCAUCAGAGCGAGUGCGCAAAGAAGCAGACAUGCAGUCAUCGUUCUGGUCACAAGUAGCGGGCUUGACGGAGCAAGGCUGGAAGGUUAGCCGACAUCCAAGCAACAAGAAGAUAGCAGGAGUGCACUUUGGUUUCGCUGGAUCCGCCCCGCAGUUUCGUGGUCGUGGUUUUGCUGUUCUACGCCAAGACCAGGAUUCGAACAUCUACUUGGACAAGGCAACGCUCUCACGACACCAAAAGCGCGUGUCUGUGACCGUUAUUCGCGACGGCAAAAUCACGGGCAAACACAGUCCAAGCAUUGCUUCUGGUACUGGCGUCCUCAGUCAAGUCAUCAACGCCAGAGACAACCUCUUCGAAGAAGAACUUAUCCACGAACUUGGCCGCGAAGCUAGAUUUGCAGCAAAUCUCGGAAUCGUUGCACGAGAAAACACUGUCGAAUUCCCUCUAGACAGCCAUACAAAGGUCUCCCUGUCUCUGACACGAAGUAAACCAAACGCAAGACUUGACAGCGGUCCCGAUAACGCGUUAGCAAGGUUCAUUGCGCUCUCCAUUCGAAGCCUCCUUCUCCAGUCCUUCGAAAAGGCUGAACAACGUCGAUCAGAGUUCCCCCAAAGCCUGUCCUCAGCACAAUCCGGGACAAUGCCUCCUCCACGUAUCAGCAGAAACCUCGUAGCGUUGUACAAGCACAGCAAUGCUGUCGAGGCGCUCACGAACCAAUUUCACUCUUCCGUUCGCAAUCCACUAGGAUUUGCAGGCUUGAUCGCAGAUCUGUCGGAGCAGCAAGAAGAGUACAACGAUGACGCCCCCGCUGCAGUUCCUACAGGUCCUUACGUCUCGCGUUUCAAGCUCACAAUGCCGACCAAGGAGACCCUCACGAUCACCAUCACCACCAACGACAGCGCCCCUGACUACGGUCAGACCUACACCACCACCGCUCCCAUCACCCUCAGCUCUCCUGACUCCCUUUCCCGCCACCUAGAAGACCUCGUCGUCACCGACCUCGCCGCCCUCGUUCUCGCUGCCUAUAAGGCCAAGAACGGCGCCAGCAACGCGUCGUUCGAGCUCGCUGUCGCUCAGGACGCCUUCGUGCUCCAGUUGCAGCACGUGGCGGUGGUGGUGGAGAGCGGAAGUGGGAAGCGGGGUGCGUUGUUGUGGAGCAAGAACGGGCACCAGAGUAUGGGUGGGGAGUGGGAGGGGGAGGGAAAGCUGGAGGAGAAGCUGCGAGACGCGCUGGAGCAGAAGCUGGGGCUGGAGGAAUUUGUUCUGCUGUUUUUGGAGCUGGAGUGGCAGCGGGAGUGCGGCGUUUUGGGCGUUUUUUCCGAAACCGAGAUGCAGUUCCUUGUUUAG